AUGAUAAGAUAUCAUUGUUUUGUGUCGUGCGUGCGUUCGUUCGCUCUCGUUUCUCUUUUUUUUUUCGAAACAUGUGAGACGUUACUUAGUAAUCAUUAUUACUUUUCGCGUUGCUGUUUUUUAAGUACGUCGUCGUUAUGUGCGCCUUCGCCGCCAUCGAAAUCGCGUCGCCGUAGCCGUCUGGCUAAAGUCGUGUGUGCGCCAUCGCCGCCGCCGACGUCCACGGCCGUCGUCGUUUAUACUCAAGUCGUGUGUGCGCCAUCGCCGCCGCCGACGUCCACGGCCGUCGCCGUUUAUACUCACGUCGUGUGUGCGCCAUCGCCGCCGCCGACGUCCACGGCCGUCGUCGUUUAUACUCACGUCGUGUGUGCGCCAUCGCCGCCGCCGACGUCCACGGCCGUCGUCGUUUAUACUCACGUCGUGUGUGCGCCAUCGCCGCCGCCGACGUCCACGGCCGUCGCCGUUUGUACUCAAGUCGUGUGUGCGCCAUCGCCGCCGCCGACGUCCACGGCCGUCGCCGUUUGUACUCAAGUCGUGUGUGCGCCAUCGCCGCCGCCGACGUCCACGGCCGUCGCCGUUUUUACUCGCGUCGUGUGUGCGUCAUUCGCCGCCACCGACAUCUCGCCAUCAUCGUCAUUGUCGUCGUGGUAA